CCUCAAACCAUUAGCUGGACUCCUCCCCCUCCUAAUAAUUUCACCCUUAAUAUUGGCCACUCUCAAAGAGGCCUUUCUCACCAUUUUGGCUUCAUUGUUCGGAAUCAUACGGGUGACAUGAUCACCCACCAUCGUCAAUGCCUUUUCUCUAAGUCCUAUAUCAAAGCCUUCAUUGAAAUAAUCCUUUACUAUUUGCAUCAUUGCAGGGAUAAUGGCAUUCAUUUCAACCAAUUGGAGAUCCCCGAUCAGAAAGUUAUUCAAACAAUCAAUAUGCAUAGCAUAAAUCACUGGGAUCAAAUUUUCAGCAUUACAUGCAUUCGUAGGAUUUUGGAUCAAAACCGGAUCGUCAUGAAGCAUAUCAAUGACAAAACCAACUGUGCGGCAAAAGAAAUCAGCCUUGGGGUUGAUGUCAAAUCCUCACGAUUUCUUAAUAUUCUCAAAUUUGAUGCUACAGCCUUUCCUUAUGUCGUUUAAUCUUCCUUUUGUCUCCUUGGUAGGUUGUUGGCCUAGUCCCCCUACCGUUAUGAUUGUAUCUUUUCUUCCUAAUAAAUUGGUAAGAUGUUCCCCAGCUCUUACCCCAUCAUUCGAUGGUUUGCCACUGGGUUAAAAAAAAAAAAAAAAAAAAAAAAAAUAUAUAUCUCGGUCAGGGGAUUUCGCUUUGGCUUUCUGUUUUCCCCUAACUGCAUCCUCGGCUAUGGAGGCAGAGCUCAAGGCGGUACAUCAGUCGAUUCUUAUGGCGUUGGACAAUGGAUUUAAGGGUUUUGAGGUGGAAAUGGAUUCGCGAUUGAUCGUAGAUGGCAUUCUGGGUGGAGGAUAUACGGAAGGAAGAUGGAAAAGGCAGUUCGAAGAUUUAAGAAGAUGGAUGGUUAGCAGUAAGCUUUUAUUCAGACAUAUCCCUCGGGAUAUUAAUUGGCCAGCUCACUACCUUUCUAAAAUUGUCUCUGAUAAUCAGGUAAUCUUUCACAACAUCAGGCAACUACCUGGACACAUUAGGCGCACCUUAAUAGCUGAUAAAUUAGGAUUGAGUUAUUUUAGACUUUGCUAGCCGAUUUGCUCUGUAUUUUUGCUUUAUUUUGGGUCAGGUCUAGCCCCCCCAAAGUAUAGUUUUUUUUCUCGUUCAUUCAUGUUUUACUGAAGGUAUGCCUUCACUGAGAGGUAUUGGUCUGGUCCCCCUCUCUCUUGUACUCUAUUCUUAUAUUAAUAAAACACUGGCAAGCGUUCCCCGACGUUUGCCCCACUGAUUUUGGUGGUUUGCCUUCCGGG